AUGCUAGAGCCCUUCUUACAACCAGUCCCCGUUCCGGAAUCACUUCCAGUGCGGGCUAAGCCACGAACUCGAAAGCCUCGUCAACAGGGCCCUAAAAAGUUCGAGUUCGUCUCUUCAGACCCAGUGGGCAAACCAGCACCUGAAUCUCGCAAGUUCAUCCGCAGCCAUGUAAUGCGCGGCAAGAAUACAAAAAAGUCACCUCCAAAACAUCCAACACUCGACGUUAGAGUCGAUGCACUCCCCGGAGCUGAUGACGAUGUGGAGGAGCUAGAUCGCCCUGCACCCCUGGCGAUCACUCGCUGCACAGAUGCCAUGUGGACUGUUGGCCAUACGCAUGCUCGCCAAGACAGAGCUUGGGUUGAGUCGCCUUCUCUUAUGGUGCAACUAGUCAAGCCCCCGCCUGAUUUGGAUCUUUUUACUUUUGCUACGCCCCUUGAUAAAGACUCCAGGUAUUAUAUUUAUAGAUUCCUUACUACCAUCAAGGAGACACUGUACCCUGCAGAAUGGUGUUUCGAUGCCGACACCGAGAAGGUAUGCUGGUUCCGCUGGCUGCUGGAAGACCCAGCCUACCUUCACUGCAUCUGCUUCAUGGUCAGCGCCUUUCAAGACCUUAUCAAUAUGCAGUCAUUACUUGGGCGUGGGAAAUACGAGAGUGGAUGGGGCAGAGAGUUCUCAGCAUCAACACGGAAUCGUCUUCGACAUACCAUCAAACUCCUACAAGAAAGGCCGCAAGACCCAGCCAAACAACUCGAGGAUGCAACUACAGCGACCAUCAUAUCGCUGGCUAUGAUGGCUGAUGCGAUGGAGGAUGCCCAGGCUUUUGAAGCUCACUCUAAUGGCCUACGGCGGAUUGUCAAGAUGAGAGGUGGCCUGCAAGGAUACACCCAUAAUCGACAAUUACAGAUCAAGCUCUGUCGCGUCGACCUCGGAUGGUCCAUAAGAAACGGAUGCAAACCCGAAAUCUACAGUGGCAAACCAGCAUGGGAACCUCUCUUAGAAGCCUUCGGAACCGUAGCCUGCUCCUUCGAGAUCCAAGAACCAUCCCUGAACUUCAUGAACGUCUACUACACAUGGGACUGGAGAUUACAAAAUACUUUUAAAGAUCUUCGCGACUUUUCCGCGCUGGCUAAUAAACUCUCGCCUCAAGCGCAGAAGCUCAAACCUGAAGCAUUCCAGGAGAUUAUGUUGUCAAUACAGUAUCGACUUUUACAACUUGACUUUUCGCAAGAUCCAGCGCCGAUUCAAGAGGCCUUGCGGAUUGGUCUUCUUGCUUACGAGUCAACCAUUUUCUUGCAGAUUCAGGGCACGAAACUAAAGUCCGACUCGUUCAGUCGACAGUUUCGCGAUGCCAUCCAGGCAACGCCGGUGCAAGGAGAGGCGACGGCCAACAUCAAGCUUUGGCUUCUUCUGGUUGGGUCUAUCAUGGUCUAUGAUAGUAGUGAAGAUUGGCUUGUGCAAUCGAUAAACAGUUUGACUGGCCGACAGAGCUGGGAGGAGGUGCGGGAGCGUGUGAGAGAGGUUAUGUGGAUUGAUGUCAUUCAUGAUGUCCCUGGUCGGAAGGCUUUUGAAGCGACGCAAACAUAUAGAUGA